GUGUGUUGGGCAGAGCGUUGUGCGCAGGCGCGGCUCUGACCGCGGCUCUUUACCUGAUCCGCAGAGUGUGUGUAAUAAUGGCCUGGAAAUCAGGAGGAGCCAGCCAAGUGGAGCUCGUCAAUAACCUCCGCAAGAAUGGCAUCAUUAAGUCGGACCGUGUUUAUGAAGUCAUGCUGGUAACAGACCGUGCCCACUUCUCCAGAUGUAACCCUUAUAUGGAUUCUCCACAGUCUAUAGGCUACCAGGCUACCAUCAGUGCACCACACAUGCAUGCGUAUGCACUGGAGCUGUUACAUGAUCAACUGUACGAGGGUGCCAAAGCUCUGGAUGUGGGAUCCGGCAGCGGCAUCCUAUCUGUCUGUUUUGCCAGAAUGGUGGGGCCAACGGGAAAAGUCAUUGGGAUUGAUCAUAUAAAGGAACUUGUGGAUGACUCGGUGAAUAAUGUUAAGAAAGAUGAUCCUGCUUUGAUAUCGUCUGGACGCAUCAAACUUACUGUUGGAGAUGGCAGGCAGGGCUAUCUGGAGGAGGCACCCUAUGAUGCGAUACAUGUAGGAGCUGCAGCUCCGUCCGUGCCACAAGCUUUGCUGGACCAGCUAAAGCCAGGUGGGCGUCUAAUCCUUCCAGUAGGACCAGCAGGAGGAAACCAGAUGCUGGAGCAACAUGACAAGCUGGAGGAUGGCAGCACCAAAAUGAAGCCCCUUAUGGGGGUGAUUUACGUGCCUUUAACAGACAAAGACAAGCAGUGGUCAAGGUGGAAGUGACUUCCUGUCCUUCUCUUCCCCCUCCCUCCUUUCCGCAGGGCACAGGGAUGAACUUUGAAACAAGUCUGGCAAUAUUCAUCACACAUACACACAUGUAACACGCCAUCUAUCUGGACUUAACGACUAACUACAGGAUGGUAAUCAGAUGGAGACGGAGGAGCCAUGCUGGUUGCAGUCUGCUGCUCGGGACAGUCUGACCGCUGUGUGGCCAAGGAGCCUUCAUGAUGGACGAAAGACUGGACGCUUUAAAAACAAAAUGGAAACACAAGUGGGGCUUUGUCUUGACAUUUUCAUGCCUGCAGUUUGCUUUGAGUUUGUGAACUUUUUUUUGUUGAGGUUUUGCAGGUGCACUAUUUUAUGUAAUUCCUACAGUAUUGCAGGUUUUGUUUGUUUACGUACAUUUCAGCUGAUGUGGAGCUGAAUGUGGGGGCUGCUGUUUCUUAUGGAUUAUAGGAAAGGGGUUAGGUGUUUAUUAAAGGAUAAGUCUGCACUCCAGAAUGUGAUUUGUGCUAACAGUAAAAGUGCUGAUGCUUCAGCCUUGCUGAAUGAGUCUUCAUUUAAAUCCACUUCUAAAAAGGAAUCAAAUUAGAGCUGUGAGUUUUGAUUGAGUGAGUGCUGUUGAUUGGAGCCUAAAAAAAACUGUUUAAAAUAUGUGAACACCUAAAUGAGGAAGGCUGCUUUUAAAUGAUAAGUGACAAAACUGCUUCUGUGCUGGCUAUGUAAUGCUGUUCAAGUGAACACUUGACUCUUGCACAUUUCUUAGACUUGCUAUUUUACAUUUUGCUGUUGUGCUUGGUCUUUUAGCAUUUUGACCCAGUUAGCAUCUGAAAUCAAAUGGCCUAGCUAGGAACAGGUGUUUUUAGCUCCCAUACCCAUUAAGAAUUUUGUUUAGUACCACUGGCAUUUUUUUUUUGAAUAAAUCACACUACAGUACAUAUAACAAUAUUAUACAAUACAUUAUGUAAAUGUCUAAUAAUUACACAGAAUACAGAUAAAUAUAAUUUUGUAUAAUUAUUAGCAGUUUACAGUUUUUUGUAUGAUGAAUUUGUGGCAGAAUUAUUUGGUCAAUGCUCUGCGGAAACUGCUCUGAUAACUUUUUGACCAUUUUUAUUUAUUUGAUAAUCUUUUUAAAAUCCCACUGGGAUUUCUCAAAGAUCUCAUUGCAGUUUAUCAGUCUGUUUUCCAUUCUUUAUGCACAAGCUUCAGGAUUCGUCUACAGUGUAAGGCCAAAUGUAUUUUGACCCCGACCAUCAGCUUGUUGCACAUCCCAUUGCAAAACCAAUAACAGAAAUAAAUAGUUCGACCCCCUUUGUGCUUCAUUUUUAACAAGGCGCGUUUGUCGCCUUUGAAUGUAUUUGUUUGCAAGUUAGCUUUUGAUAUUUAACUAAUGUGACUUGAGCCGACUCAAGUGGGAAACUGCAAUAUGCUCCAAGCCUUGUGGUGAGCAAAGCACAAAACGUCAAUCAUUUAAAAGCAGCCUACAUGUUCCACAUAUGACUCAAAUGACAUCUAGUUGAGUCUGCGUCAAUUAUAAAGUGAUUCUUUUAUUUUAUUUAAAAAUUAGCAUGGUACAUUAAUGGUAUGACCAGUUUAAAAGCUAGGGCUGCAUGAUGCGUACAAAAAUAGCACAUUCCAAUUAUAUGAUACACGCUGAGAUCCAGAUAUGCCUUAUGUAAUAUGAUCAAACAAACUGUGAAAUCUCAGUGUCACUUAAAGCUGCAGAGUUUACCUUUUGAUCAUUUUGAAACCUUCCUGGUAAAAGUCUAGAAGGUGCCUUGAAAAAGUAUUCAACCCAACAUUAGUUGAAGCCAGAGACAUUUUCGAGAAGGACUAGUUCUUUGAAUAAAUUUAGAGUGCUGGCUUAACAUAUGCAGUACUGUUUUCAAAUAUUUUCCACUUACUUAUGAUUAAUUUAUCUGAGCUCUGAGGUGUGUUCAGUAUCUGUAUUGUGAACUUUCUUUUUAUUUAGGGUAACAAAGUUUUGGUGGUGUUGACUACAUUGUCCAGGUACAGUAUGACAUUGAAAGCCACAUGCAGUAUAACAGUUGUGGUGUCAGUGGGCUCAGAUGGCAAGCUAGUACCAUUUCAAGAAUUGAUCAACAUCUGUCUCUAGCUUGAAAUGUUUUUAGUCGACUCGCCAGGUUUUACUUCCAUUUUUUUUUACUGAUUCACUAACACUGUCAAAAAUGUAAUUGUGAUAUUGAAUGAGAGAAUAGAUAAACUAUGCCGUUAGUCUGGUUCAAAACGUAAGUAAAACUAGUUUGAUUACACAUAUUGGCUUCUGAGAUAUCAACAUUGCACUUCUUUAUCGCAGCCCUUCAGUAAACCUAAAAGAUUGUAAUGGAUUCUGUAUUAUUGCACUUUUAAAUUAAGCUAACAAAACAAUCAGAUGUUUGUUUUUGAGCAACAGUUUCAUAUAUGCGAAGCCCCGUGUACAGUGUUAUAACUUCUCUCGAUCUCCAUUCUGCAUCUCUACAGCUAAGUUUAGCAUAGAUAUUAAAAGCCUAGCUGCAUAACUUGCAGCUUGUGCUGUCCCACAUUAACGCUGAGCAGCAUGCUCCUGUAGGUUCACACCUCCUAAUAAAGCCAGGUUUUGCAAAGACAGUAUCACAUAAUUGCAGGGCUGAGCUUGUGUCCCCUCCACUUUGGAUGUGCUGGCUGUCAUCGUGCUGAGUCUCCACGCAGGCGCUGUAUUGCCUGCAUUCACACAAAGUGGCUUUGUACAAAUAAAACCCGACGCAGUGCAAAUCA